CUCAAGAAAAUAUUGUUGUUUGUAAAGUGCAGCCCAAAUUUAAAUUUAUUUUUCAAUGUUAUCCAAAAGAAAAUUAUUAUUCUGUGGUUCGGCUUCUUAUAAUUAAUAGAACACAGUUCCGACUUCCACCCAACCAUCUACGGUACGGGUACGAGCACGAGGCCGCCAUUUUUAUAUAGUGAUGUUUGUGCUUUGUGGUGCAAUUUUGUGAAUCUUCUAUUCUAAACUGUCCAUUAUUCUCAACAUUUUUCUAUUUCUAUGCUUUUAAGAUUCAAUAUUCUAACAGCUUUCUUUAUUAGAAGUGAAUUACGUCGUUCAAAUUUUCCUCUUUUAUCAUUCAUGCCUAAAUUUCCAGUCACUGGAGUGAGUUCUACAUUCAAAUGUAGACUUAUUCCUACUACUUGAUAUAAACCAUAAUAUUCCUUUUUUCUUCUGACCGUUGUCGAGUUUGAAUAAUUCGAUAUGGCAGAGGAAGUGGAAAUGUGUGUUGAAAUAGCUUCCAAAAUUGACAAUACAUGGAUUGAGAAAGCGGAUAUCAAUCUUCUUUGCCGAGCAUGUGCCACCGAAACAAAUGAAAAUAUGAUUCCAAUAUUUGAAGGUACUGGUCUUGAACUGGAUUUGCAAGCCAAGAUCGACAAACAUCUCCCUGUAAAGAUUACGAAAGAUGAUGGACUUCCCAAUAAAAUGUGUGUCCAAUGUGCAUCAACAUUGGUAGCGUGGCACGACAUUUACACGGGAUGUACCGAUGCUGAAACCAAACUGAAGAAUCUAUUAAAUAAAUCCAAAGAUAAUGCACACACUGGAGAUAAGGUUGCUGGCAGUUCUGUUGAAAAUGAGGAUCCCGUCACGCAAAAGCCUGAAUCUCAACAGAAAGUGGCUGGUGAAAUGGAAGUUGACGACAAUGAUAGCGACUAUAUUUAUGAAGGCGAUGAAGAUGAUGAUGAUUACGUUCAAGAUGAUGAUGAUGAUAUUGAUGAGGAUGGUGACGAAGAACAAGAAACCGAAGAGGUUGUAAUUGAAAAACUGGACUCAAAGGAGAAAGGAAAGACUGUCGAAAUUACUGAUAAGGGAACCAUAAUUCGUGAUCAGAAAUCUUUGGAAAUGCAGACUACCAGAAAUCAGAAGGACUCUUCAGUUUAUAGACGAAAUUCUUGUGGCACAAUUCCCAGGAAUCGUGAAUUGGAUAUGCUUGGAAAGCAAUCGAAACAAAUGAGAAAUUCUUGCCCAAUAAUAAAAAAUUCAACUGAUGUCAUAAAAAGAAUUAAGAAUCAAAUUAGUGAUGAGGAAAUGUCUAUUAAUGGAAAUUCAUGUGAAAAGUCAGGUAUUCAAGUGCCACAUAAACCAAUAAAUAUAAGUGUAGUUGAUGGGAUGUUCAGAAUAAUUGUAAAUGGUUUUGAGGUUGAGAGACAUUCAACCGGCACCGAUUCAAAUCCAACGUUCGUCUGUUGUCUAUGUUUAGAAAAGACUGGAUCUACAGAUUUAGUUCUACACUGUAAAUUGCAUAAAUUUUUAAAAGUAACUGACAGUUGUAAGUUGUGUUCUUCGAAAAUGAAAGUUGAAGAGUUGAAAAAUCAUUUGAAUAUCCACCAAUUAUUUCUAGAGCCUGUGAUUUGUAAAGAUUUGAACCAAUUCAGAGCUGGUACAACAACCAAUGAAUCUUUUCAUGAAACAGCAAAAGGUUCUAUAGUUGGAAAGAUACCAGUUUUCAAGUGUUCAAAAUGUGAAAAGCUGUUUCCUGCUGAGGAUGAUUUACGGAAACAUGCAGAAAAUAAUAAAUGUGUUGAACCUGAUAAAAGCCUUGAGAAGGUGGACACUUCCAACCAAAGUGGAAGACAAGUGCCAAUAUCCUUUAGACCUGUUGAAGUUUUCAAAAAACAAGAUAAUUCUUACAGAGUAGCUAUUCGUGGCUUUUUACUGUGUUUGAAUGAAAAUGAAGGAUCUGAAACUUUCAAAUGUUGUCUCUGUUUGCAGAUAAUGAACGUGACAAAUAUUGUAUCUCAUAUAAAAUCGCACAACCCACUUAAAACAAGUGAUGAAUGCAACGUAUGCUUUACAAAAUGUAACUCAAUCAAUGAAUUGAAGAAGCACUUGAACAGUCAUAGCUACUUUCUGAGUGGCGUCAUUUGUCAGGAUUUGAAUGAAUUUGAAACUAAAAUUUAUGUUCAAAGUAAAAUUUGUGUUCCGCCAUGUAAUGAAAGUGUUGAUGAUCCCAUAGUUAAUUCUGAAGAAUUGGAAUGUAAAAUGCCCAUUUUCACAUGCAAGUAUUGUCCUAAGUUAUUGCUUGAUCAUGAAGACCUAGAGAGCCACAAAAAGGUACAUGAUACCAACGAAAUGCUCUCUGAAGAGUUGAUACCUUCAAACUGUAAACCUGCCUAUGAGAUACUGCAAGAGAUAGAUGGCAUUGAUGUGACUGUUGUAGUCAGUGGUUUUAUUAUGGGAAGUGAAAGAAAUGAUACUAUUCAAUCGUCUCUUGGUAAUAACAAGGAAACAGCGAAGCACACAUGUUGUAUUUGCUUGCAAGCAGUGAACACAAUCAAUAUAGCUUCUCAUUGCGACUCUCACUACCCAUUAAAGGCCACUGAUAACUGUCAGGUUUGCUCAUUACAUUUUGAGGACACUUCAGCUUUAGAAGAACAUUUGAUUGAACAUAAAAUUGCUUUAGAGGUUUUGAUAUGCAUGAAUUUGGAGGAAUUUAAUAGAAAAGUAGCUGAAUUGUGUGAGAAUGAUAUGGGAGAGAACAACAAUUUAAUUCCUGGUUUCCAGUGCAAUUUGUGUCGCAUGAUUUUUCUAGAUGAAAGAAAAUUGAGCAGUCAUAUGGAAUCAGUCACUUGUGUAAGUUAUGUACAACCCAUAGAAUUUCUGAAGGAAUCAGAAACUGGUAUGGAUUUGGCAAUUUAUGGAUAUUCUUCACAUUCCCGAUCUGAAGGAGAAGGUGAACCAAGCUCUUACAUAUGUUGUAUAUGCUUGGAAGAACUGGAGAGUAAAGAUUUUAUUUUAUUGCAUUACAAACUGCACUAUCCUUUGAAAGCUACAGAUACAUGUAAGCUGUGCAACCUCAGCCACGAUUCAGUUGAUUUGCUGGAACUGCAUCUGAGUAAGCACAGAGUUCUGCUGAAUGUGAUGGAUCUGGCUGUCUCAACCGGAUCGCACUCUGCUUGUCAGCAAAUACAAGAAACUUCCAACUUCCUAGAUGCAUGCAAUUUACAAAUCGCCAUCACUGAGGAUAUAGUAAAAUGUCUUGUUUGUGAGACUCCAUUUGCUGAUGAAUGUACUUUCAAGAAGCAUUUACAGAGUGGGAAAUGCAUUAAAUUCAAGACAUUUGCUUGUCGUGAGUGUGGAAGGAAUUACAGUACACAAAGACUGCUCAAUGAACAUAUGAAAACGCACUCUGGUACUUAUUCGCUGUGCCACAUUUGUGGUGCGAAUAUCAAGACUCGUGGAAUGCGCAGGCAUGUGAGGACAGUGCAUGAACGAUGGGAGGCCACUCAACUCCAGAAUAGUGCCAACAAAAAAGUUUGUCAAGUUUGUGGAGUCACUGUAAGCAAGUACGUUUUCAAUCAACACCUUGCUACACAUUUUUUCAAUAGAAACUACAAAUGCGGUUCGUGCGAUAAGACGUUCUCCCAUAAAAUUUCCUUGAAGAUACACUUGAAAACUCAUGAGUCGGCGCAAAAGACGUACACAUGUGAAAUUUGUUCAGACACCUUUCGACGGCGUGACCAUGUGGUCGCUCACAAGGCUAGGAUACACAACAUAAUUAGGGUGAAGAACUAUAAGUGUGAUGUGUGUCAAAAGAGUUUCAGCACAUCCAACACUUUACAUGUGCAUAAAAGGACGCAUCUGGAGUCGCAAAACUAUCAGUGUUUGGAAUGCAAAGUGAUAUUCUCUUCAGGAAUGGGGUUGAAGAAUCAUCAGAGUCAAACUAGACACGAAGGUGUGAAAAUAAUUUCUUCGGCUUUAGACGAGCACGUGAAGGUAAAUCGGUUCGUUUGUAAAAUCUGUGGCCAACGAUAUGGAUCAUUGGCAAGUUUGAGAGGCCAUGAAAACAUACACAAAGACAGCAACACAACUGACCAAUCACCGUCGACCUAUGAGUGUCCAGAAUGCCACAGGAACUACUCGUCUCAGCGAAGCUUAGAGCUGCACAUCAUCAUGACAAACCAUGCUGUCGAUCGCAAACAAUGGAAACGGAGAGCGCAAGCGCAACAGCCGCAAGCUGAGAAAAAGCCAACCGAGAGAAAGUUCGCAUGCAAUAUGUGUGAUUCGAAAUUCAUAAAAUUGUUCCACUUGAAAAAACACCGACUGAGGUUGAAACAUUUCCUGGUCUGUUCGCUUUGCAACGAUGCAACAGUGACUGAUUUAGAUAGGCACAACAAAGAGAAGCAUCCACCCAGUGAGAGCAAUAUUACAUACAACUGCACUGAGUGUCCAAAGAAAUUUAAAAAAUUGAAAAUGUUAGAUAACCAUAUAUCUCUGAAACAUACUAAUCAAACAGACGUCCCUGCUGCUACCGAAACAUCUUCACAAUCUUCUCCUUUUUCUAGUAUAAUUGUUGUCAAAGCUAUAAAGAAGAUUCCAAUGCCUGAUGCCUAAUUGAUACACGGUAUACGACUAUAGCAUUUUCCAAAACAUAUUUCACUACUACCCAAGAAUAUGAACUGUCAAUUUACCUUCAAAGUUGAUGAGGUUUACAGCUAACUCUUAUGAUCUAUGAUAUUGUUUGUAUAAUUCAUAAAUUAAUGCGGUUUAAAUAGACUGCAUCAAGUACACUAAGUGCAAUUAGCAA